CGACAGGCCGCCGUGCCGUGCGCCAUGGGAAACCAAUGCUGCUGCGAUGAGGACGCAUCAAACCACCCGGUGGAUCCCAACGUUUUAGUGUGGCGACCUGAAGCACCUCCUGGGAAACGCAGCGUGACCUCGGCGGAGCUGCGGAAGCGCGACGAGCAGCUGGACGCGGCGCUGGAUCGCAUAGCGCGUCAUCAGCCGGACGACCCGUCGCCGCGGCAGUCGGUGCCCAAGGCCGCAGAGGUGGCGGAGUUUCGACGGAGCCAGCUGAGCCAAGCGGAGUUUUCCGGGUUGACGGAGGCAGAGAGAUGUUUUCAAGAAGCUCGACCGCAUCACCAAGUCCUUCGCCCGCCCGAAAAGAUCGGGGAGGACAUGGACUCGAACGAAGGUUUGCUGGCGCCCAGCGAUACCAGCUACCCCGCGGGGGAUGUGCCGCAACAUGAGGUCCAAUGGAUUGUGAAGUACGACGGCGACGCCGAGCCACAGUUGCCACAGUUGGCCCGUGCGUCUCCGUCCAACAGCCCCACCUCCCCCGUGCCGCAGACGUCGGCCUCCAGCCCCAGUGUGGCCGCUGAGGGCCGCGGGGCGGUGACGUCGGCGCCGGCCUCGCCGCGGGAGGAGAGGUUUCAAGCACCGAUGCUGGAGGAGCCGAUGCCCGCUGCGAAGCCAGCGCUAAAGCCAGCUGCGAAGCCAGCGGCAAAGGCGGAGGCUCACACAGCUCCACUCCCGGCUCCAGUCGCAGCAUCGGAGGAGGAGGAUGACAUCCCAUUGCUACCGAUGAGGUUCCAAUUGCCAGACAAGAGCUUCCAAGAUGUCUAUUUCUUCGCCUUUCCCAUUGGCUUUGAUUUGGGCAAACAAACACCUCUGACUGUCAGGGGCGUCAAGGAGGGAAGCUAUGCAGAGCAGUUGGGCGUCCAGCCUGGCUGGAAGAUCUGCCAAAUCGGCGGGGUCGAGGUGGGACAUUUGAAACCGAAAGAAAUGCUGGCAGUUCUGUCUGAGCAGAAGAAGAAACAUCUGGGCUAAGGUUUGGAGGUCCCAUCGAAAUCU